GGGGAGUAUCUAUAAUUUUACUUGCCCAGCUAUCCAUCCAGCCUGCAUGUGUCUAUCUUCCCUCUUCCAUCUUCUGGUUGCCCUUUGUCCUUAGUUGCAGGAUUUUCUAGGCAAACUACUCAACUUCCCAGUACUUUUUUUUUUCUCGAGAAAAUUAAGUUAUGGAAGGGAAUAGUAGUAAUAAGAACCACUGCUGCUGCAGCAGCUUCAUAAGGAACUGCAAGCCAUAUGCGGCCAUGAUAUCGCUGCAGUUUGGGUAUGCAGGCAUGAACAUUAUAACCAAGGUGUCCCUAAACCGCGGCAUGAGCCACUAUGUGCUUGUGGUUUACCGCCAUGCUUUUGCCACUGCCGUCAUUGCCCCCUUUGCCUUCUUCCUCGAGAGGAGGGGGCAGCCUAAGAUUACUUUACCAAUUUUCAUCCAACUAUUUGUUCUGGGUCUUCUUGGGCCGGUGAUCGACCAGAACUUCUACUAUGCGGGGCUAAAAUUUACGUCGCCAACAUUCUCAUGUGCAAUGAGCAACAUGCUGCCCGCCAUGACCUUUGUCAUGGCCGUCAUAUGCAGGAUGGAAAAAAUAGACAUGAAGAGGGUGAGAUGUCAAGCAAAGGUCGUGGGAACAGUGGUGACAGUGGCAGGGGCAAUGGUAAUGACACUCUAUAAAGGACCUAUCAUGGAGAUGGUGUGGUCAAAGCAUAUGCAUACUCACAAAUCCAAUGUGACAAACACCACGGCAGUAUCUGACAAAGAUUGGUUCAAGGGCUCCAUUCUUCUUAUCAUUGCUACCUUUGCCUGGGCCUUUUUCUUUGUGUUACAGGCAAAAGCAUUGACGACAUACAAAAAACAUCAGCUCUCCCUCACAUCAUUGGUGUGUUUCAUUGGCACCUUGCAGUCCAUUGCUGUUACUUUUGUCAUGGAACACAAAGCCUCUGUUUGGAGAAUUGGCUGGGACAUGAACCUCCUUGCCGCUGCCUAUGCUGGGAUUGUGACAUCAAGCAUAUCAUACUAUGUUCAAGGACUUGUUAUGAAAACCAGAGGCCCCGUCUUCGCCACUGCUUUUAGCCCCUUGAUGAUGAUCAUCGUUGCAGUCAUGGGCUCCUUCAUCUUGGCAGAAAAGAUCUUCUUAGGAGGGGUACUUGGUGCCAUCUUGAUAGUUGCAGGCCUCUACUCAGUUCUAUGGGGUAAAUACAGAGAAAAGAUGGACUCGGAGGCCCGACCCGAUCCCAUACCCGACCCCGUGAAGGUGAACGGGUCAGUUGCCCUGCCCAUUGGUAUCGUAGAAGGAGUUAAAGAUGUUGAGUUGCAGACAGCAGAAGCAAACUAUAAUAACAAGCUUAACAAUGCUUCUGUGGUCAUUGGCAUGCCAAUUCCAGAACCACCCAUGAAGGACAGCCAGGGACCCAAGGCUUAGCAGGGAGAAUGCAUGGGCAUUUUUGUCCUUUCGCAUCUUCUUUUUUUCCAAUAUAUCUUUUUUAUUUAUUUUCCCUUUUAUUUAAUUAAGAAAAAUUAUGUCUGGGGAUGAGCUUGCUGUUAUUGUAUUUGUUAUGCGUAAGCUAAUUAAUUAAUUAAUUAAUUAAUUAAUUAUUAUGUAGGGGGGACUUUUAAAUCAACUAAUUAAUUAAUGGAAUGAAGAGAAUUUCCCAGAAUCCCUUCUGGGUCUGGGUGGUGUCUCGCCGAAUCCCUUUUU